AUGGCACCAGACAGAAGACGACGAAAGAAGGUGAAUAAAGAUGAUACAUGCCCUUCAGAGGCAGACGUAUUGAUGAUAUCCAGGUGCAACUCCUCAAUACUAGCUUCUGAUGGUGAAGAGCGGUAUGUCAAGAAGCCCAGAAAGGCAGACCUGAAUGCUGUAUCUUCAGACAUCAUUUCGCUUGAUUCAGAUGACGGAGUUGACCAAAACAGCAUUGAACGCACCGAGACAGCAAAAGUGAGUCAGAAGCCACGAAAUGUGUCAGAGAUUGCCCGUCUUUUUUGCAAACCACAGACACUCUCGAGAAGCAACAGUGUGGUUGAUAAUGCAGUGACGUGGGUUGAAAAGUACUGUCCGAGUGAAUCUUCUCAAUUAUGUAUUCACGAGAGAAAAAUUGCAGAAUUGCGCACCCAGAUACAGGACAUGGUUUUUGGCAGAACUAAUCACCAGCUCUUGGUGCUUUCAGGCCCAAGCGGGUGUGGAAAAAGCAUUUCUGCCAAGAUCCUGUGUGAAGAGAUCAUGAGCAGCAGGAGAAGACCACGCAGCGAGCUGGAGAUUGAAGGCUAUGAUCAUGAAAACCUUCUGGACAAUGUGGUACAGUAUCGAAAUUGGAUAACACAGACAUCUAGAGAGACGUCAAGCGUCAGUAGUUUCGGAGACUUUCUAGAGAGUUGCAAGGUCCUGACGAUGAACAACCUCAAGUGUGUCGUUGUAGAAGAAUUGCCAAACCUGCAUCAUGAUGAUACGUUGAAAGCUUUCCGGAAAAGUAUUCUAGAGUGGCUUGAUCUCGAUGCGAAGAUAAAAUUACCUCCGCUGAUACUUUGUAUAACCGAAUAUGAGGUUGACCUUGAGAAUGGAACAGGCUCCUUCUCGCUUGAGUCAAAUUUCAAAACCGAGCUGGUUCUUGGGAGCAAGAUUAUGGACAAGGAAGGCAAGCAAUGGACGAGGAUUAAAUUCAAUCCUGUGGCUAAAAGGUACCUAAAACGGUGCUUGAAACGCAUCGCCAUCGCUGAGGAUAACUUAAUAUCCUCCAUCAAGCAGAUUCCCAGACAGCUGGUGGAAAAAAAGAUAGACAAACUAGGCGGGACCGGAGAUCUGCGAAAUGCGAUCAUAUUGUUUGAGUACUGGUGUAAGUAUUGUUCAUCGUUGAACGAUGGAUUUCUUGGUCGUGAAUCCGCAUUGAACGUAUUCCAUUCAAUCGGGAAAAUCAUAUAUGGAACGCAGCAUCCUGAAACUGAAUAUGAGACCUAUAUCAAACGGGCACACGAAUUUCGUUUGUUGGAGAGCUCAGAGUCAGAUCUAGAAUCACAGACAGACUACCUGACUGUUUCGAACGUUGUAACAGAGGUUUUACAAACAUCUUCGAUGUUCCGUUUGAACUUGCUUGAGAAUUACUUGUCAAUAGCCUCUCGUUUGACAGAUUCGGUUGGCAGACUCAGUGAUACGCUUUCGAUAUCCGAUGAUCUCGAGUGCAAAUCAUCCUUUAGCUACCCUUUCGGCGGGUGUUCCCUAAUGAACGAAAUUGCCACCACGAUAGCCUGUCUAGGGGCUCGAAUGGAAUGCAGAAAAACGAAAGCGGUCUCCAGCAAGUCUGGUGCUUUUCUCAGCAUGCGAUAUUCCAGGGACAGCAAAUAUAAGAAGAAACUUCGCCGCAUUCAACAGGAGACAGCCGAAUUCGCAGCCAGGAGAGCGACCAGACUGAUACCACAGGGUAGGUACACUUAUCUUAGUGCUUUCGAGCUGAUUUCGUGCGAUGGGUUCUAUGAGUGCGCGAUUUUGAGCUCGAAAAGACUGCUAAAUAAAAGCGAGCUGUCAGGCAUCCGUCGUGGGACGAAUGUAAGGAGAUUGGGAGGAGGCUUCAAAAAUUUGAUGAUGGCAGAUACAGAACUUAAAAUAGCCGACGAUGAUGAGGUCGACGUUCCAGUGGCAAGUAAAACAAAAUCGCUGCUGGAGGAUCUAUACUUUGGAACCGUCUCCCCUGCUCACAUCGACGAUUCGGACCCAGAGUUCGACGCCGAUCCAAUUGUGAACAGCGACCAGGAGAACAUAUCAGCGGAUGAAUUUAGUGACGACUCAUUGGUUUUACGAUUAUAA